GUGUCAGUCCUGCAGAGAAACUGAGCCCAGAGCACCUGCAGCUCCUCAGACAUGCAUUCAGCUGUCCAAAAGCUGCGCUACAAAUGCAGGAAAACAGGCAAAAAGGAAACGCUAGAGGUGGAGGUGAAGACCGUGGAAUGAAGUUUGAAGAGUUUCGGGAGGUUCUGAGGUCUGUGAUCGGUGCAAAUACUGAGGACUCGUGGGUUGAGAGAUUCUUCAGCGAGGUAGAUAUCAGCCGCACCGGGCAAAUUACGUGGCAGCAGCUGUGUUCCUACUUGCUUCUGGAGUACACCGAGAGACAGCGAGCCUCCAUUCCCACAGCUGCCCUGCUGGACGCCCAGCCUCAGAUGAGACACUGUUCUCACAACAAGCGGCAGCCGACAGUCCGAGUGCUCGCUGUCUCUCAUCCUCCUCCACGCCGCUAUAUUAGUGUCAGUAAGGGGGGCCAGGUCACUGUCUGGAACAGCAGCCUACACAUCCUGAAAACUUCAGGGCUUGCUGGAGACCCAACGGAUGAAGUGGCCAACACCAGGAGAUUCAGAGGCUGGACCACUGAUGCUGUGUACAUGAGCAACGUCCAGAAGGUUGCCAUAGCAACUGACUGCAGGGACUUGCACUUUCUCAGUGCCUCUCCGACCACUGUAAUAGAGGAUGUCCACCUAUUUGGGUUUCGUAGUGUCCUGACUGCUCUUUGUUACUGGCAUGAAGUACAGAGGCCUCCUCUGCUGCUGCUGGGGGAUGAAAAAGGAGGAGUCCACUUGAUAUGGUUCCUGAAUCCAUUUAAAGGUCUUUUCAAGAGUUCAUCCAAGAAAGAAGGUGGCCCACAGAGGAUCUACUUCCCAGACCUUGGUGAACAUAGCAGCAUGGUCUCCUACCAUUACAUCCCCAAAAUCCACCAGGAACCAAUCAACAGAGUGAUGUUUGAACCCGGUACCAAUGUGAUCAUGACAUCAUCAGAGAGCGACACCACGUCUGUGGUUUUUAUGAGCGUGUCACUGAAGAAGGAGCCUUCCAUUUGGAAAUUUAAGCAGGGAGCUACUUGUUUUGACUACAGUGCAUCUCUGCAGCUGAUGGUGACAGGAGGUUGCGAUCGAGCAGUCAGACUGUGGGCUCGAUAUGUGACCACAAGUCCUGUAGCUACGCUGCGGGGUCACCACACCACUGUGUUGGAUGUUACAAUAUACCAACCUGUCGGGCAGAUCUUCAGCUACUCCAGAGAUGCUGAGCUGAGGGUUUGGGACAUUUCUACACAUCACUGUCUGAAAACCAUCCGCCUGCAGUUUCCUUGCCUGCAACCUGGUCGCAUCCCAGAACACGGCAGCUUCCCUUUCUUACUGCUGAGCCCUCCUCUUCCUGAGGACACACAGCCUCAUUUAGUGGUGGGAUGCAAAGAUUACCUGGCGGUGCUUAAGCUGGCUGAAAGGAGAAGAGGAGGGGGCGGCUGGUUCACACAUGAAGGAAGGGAAUUUGGAAGUGAAAUUCACUGGGGUCCAUCCCUGUCCUGUGCUGUGUACAACCCCUCCCUGAGACAGGUGGUGACCGGAUGCACUGACUCAUCUGUGUCUGUGUGGGAUGUAGAGACGGGGAGGAGGCGGCUUCACAUUGGAAAUGCUCAUGGAGAAGUUGAACUCGUCUGCUUGACACUGGACUCUUCUCACAGAAGGCUGAUCACUGAGGCUCGUAAUGGCACUAUUAAGGUGUGGAAUUUACUCAGUGGCCUUAACCUGCACAAGCUGGAGCCUAUUACCGACUCUGAAGUCACCGGGUUGACCUGUCUCCAUGACAACCAGCUGCUGGCGGUGGGGUGGAGCCGACGCAUCGCUCAGUACAACAUUGCAGGAGGGAAGGACAUGAAUGUGAGAGCAGACAUGUCGUGGAAGUCCAGCGGCGUCCACAAAUCAGACAUCCUGGCUGUGUGUCAGUGCUCUGCCCUGGGACUUGUUGCCACAGCAAGUUAUGAUGGAGAAGUAGUUGUCUGGAGGCUGGAGACACAAGGACCUGUGCUCCACCUGCAGAGAGAGACACAGGCGAGAGUGGCACUCCCUGUGGACAGCCUCCUGUUUCUUCAACAUCGAGCCGGCAGCCAAAAGUUAAGAAGCAGGGGUGUCCUGGUUUCAUCGCAGGCUGGCUGCCUGUGCUUUUGGAGCAUCACUGGACAGAAACAUACGUAUGGUCAGUUCUGUGCUCCAGAGCAGCCAAAUGAGUGUGUGCUUAGCCUGAGCUCAGAUCAGCCUAAAAACUCCAUCCUGGUCUCAGGUGACACAACAGGCUUGCUUCAGAUCUGGGAUAUUUCUUCCUAUGCACUGGACAUCCAGCCCAAGUCAGCUUGUGAACGACCUCCCCUGCUGCGGUGUUGGAAGGCUCAUACAAAGGCCUUGGUAUGUGUGGAAGUCCUUGAGGUAGCUGACAGACUGUUCGUCCUCACAGCAUCAGUUGACGGUUCAGCUGGACUGUGGACAAAGGACGGAGGCUGUGUGGGAAUUUUUGGACAGGGAGUGAUGUGGAAUAUUACUGACCCAGCUACUUACCAUAGGGAGAACAACCAGAAAGAAGACGACGAGGAGAGGAAUGAAAGUGACAAACUGGGACCCGGUGAGGUGAAAAGUGAAGUACCUGACCCCAGCAACAAGGGUCAGACUUUACAGGAAGAUUGCUGCCCUGAAGCUUCAUCCAGCGGCCCAGCAGACAAUGAUCGAGAGCAACCUCAGCAACCUAUGUACCUGUGUGAGGACUUUUGCCAGGCAGUAGCUGUGAGUCAGGAGAGGAGACGCCUCUUUGAUGGCAUCAAAAACAACAAUCACGACUGACGGGCUUUUUUCACCUCGUGAGACUCUGCAGGUCCUGCAGGUGAGUUUUUGUACUGAUUACUGGAUCCCGUCCCUUCUGUUCUCCCCCUGCUGGUUUUAUAAACACCUCAUCUUUAUGCUCUGUUGCUGUCUCGUGGCUGCAAUAACAAAUAAUGAAUCUAUUUCAUUUUUUUUCAUACAUCUCUGGUGCUCCGAAAUAUGCCACUAGUAAAUGUAAGAAUGUGUGAGAGUUUGUGUGUCUGUCUGUUCUUUUCAUAUCUUGACAUCGUGCGUCUGCUUCAGACUUGGUGGGUGUACUGCUGGGGACCUGAGGAAGCACAGUUUGAAGUCAUUCGAAUGAGCAAUCCUCUUAUUUUUGGUAAAAGUCAUUUUCUGUCGCACUUUUACAACAGUUUUCUCAGCAGCUGUAGGGAAAUCAGCCUGGAGUCUGCCCCAGCUGACUGAGGGUGAAGGCGGGUUACACCCUGGGCAGGUCACCAGUCGAUCAGAGGGCCACAACCAAGCACAUUCACACCUACGGGGGGUGUAGAAUCACCAAUUAAUUUGGACUGUGGGAAGAAGUCGGAGCAGCCAGUGAAAACCAAAAACAAGAACAAGCAAACGCCACACAGAAAGAUCCUUGGCUGAGAUUUGACCCCGAAACUUGCAUGAGAAGAUGGUCAAACACAUUUUUCCCAUUUGUCUAACAACAAAAGUAAAUGUCUUCAUACAAGCACAAUUUUAAGGUCUAGUAAGUAAAUAAUAGACAAGAAGAAUUGUACAGCAGGAGCAGAAAGAGAGCUGAAAAUCUUUUCAAUACUAUUUAAUUAUUUUUUAUAAUGUCAAAUAUAAUUAUUAGUAUUUAUUACAUGAUUAGAUUUUGGGGGAAUUUUUUUUCUGUUCUGUGAAUGGAAGCAUUGUAAUUCAGUGGUUUUACAAAAGAAUAAAGUGAACCCCGAGUCUGAACCUUCUUAGGUUUUAUCUCAUACAUUUACACAUAUGACGUGUAUUCGAUGCAACUAACAAACUAUAGAUCUAGUUAUGUUUAUAAGCUCUGCUUCUGUUGUAUUGACAUCUACUUAUAAAUUACCUUAAAAAUGAUCAAAUAAUACUUAAUUUUAUUUAACUUUUUAUUUCAGUGAAUCUUAGCACAACUUUAUGCCUCGUUGUACACAUUUAUAUAUGUUUGUGAUUCAACAUCUUUAAUACUGAGCUUUCUAUGUGAAAAUGUGGGGUUUAAUUGUGCUAAUAAAUAAAAAAUUUAAAUGGUUAAAACAUA